AUGGUGUCUGACUCCAUACCUGAUGACUACGGCUUGACUCGCAUCGUGGGUGGUACAGGUGCCAAGCCAGGGGCCUGGCCGUGGAUUGUCAGCAUCCAGCAUCCCUGGAUACCAGGCCUGGCGCAUUUUUGUGGAGGGUCUCUCAUCACUGCAGAGUGGGUCCUCACAGCAGCCCACUGCUUCGACAAGAUUAAGAAAAUUGGCAUCCUGAAAGUGGUGAUUGGGGCCACUCAUUUGACUCACCCUGGCCAAUGGACACAAGUGCGCCGGAUUAAGAGACUAGUUCGUCAUGAAAACUAUAAGAGAAGUGAUAUAACUAAUGACAUAGCUUUGCUGGAACUGAACGAGCCUGUCGAGUGCAGUCCCUACAUCCAGGUGGCCUGUGUGGCUGACCCCACCGUAAGAGUCUCAGAGCUGCUAAACUGCUGGAUUGCUGGAUGGGGUACAACCACAGAAGGAGAUGAAGAUUUAAGUGAUGACCUGCAGGAGGCCAAGGUCCAGCUCAUCGAUCUCCAGCUCUGCAACAGCACCUUCUGGUACGCAGGGGAAAUCCACACCCACAAAGGGAUAUGUGGGCUCCGACCCAUGAUGUAUGAGUAUGAGUACCUGGAUGAUGUCGACAACACGACACGCGUCGUGGGAGGCGCAGAUGCCAAGCCAGGGGCCUGGCCGUGGAUUGUCAGCCUUAAGCAUCCUGCAAUACCAGGCACAAGACAUCUCUGUGGAGGGUCUCUCAUCACUGCAGAGUGGGUCCUCACAGCAGCCCACUGCUUUGACCCCAUCAGGAAAUUUGGCAUGGUGUAUGUGGUGAUUGGGGCCACCCAGUUGACUAAGCCAGGACCUGGAGCACAACUGCGCCGAAUUAAGAAGUUAGUGCGCCAUGAAUCCUAUAAUAAAAAUGACAAAAGUAACGACAUUGCCUUGCUGCAACUGAGCAAGCCUGUUGAGUGCAACUCCUACACUCAGCUGGCCUGCGUGGCUGACCCCACCCUAAGACUGUCAGACCUGCAGAACUGCUGGGUGGCCGGCUGGGGUGCCGUCACUGCAAGAGCUCAAAACUCAAGUGAUGUCCUACAGGAGGCUGAGGUUCAGCUCAUUGAUCUCCAGCUCUGCAACAGUAGCGGCUGGUAUGCAGGGAAAAUCCACACCCACAACUUGUGUGCUGGUUACCCAGAGGGCCUCAUCGACACCUGCCAGAGUCAUGACUACAGCAUGAUGCGCAUUGUGGGUGGUGCAGAUGCCAAGCCUGGGGCAUGGCCAUGGAUCGUCAGCAUCCAGCAUGCCAGGAUACCAGGCACAAAGCAUUUCUGUGGAGGUUCUCUCAUCAGGGCAGAGUGGGUCCUCACAGCAGCGCACUGCUUCGACCUAAUUUUGAAUACCACCAUGGUAUAUGUGGUGAUUGGGGCCACCCAGUUGACUAAGCCAGGCCCUGGGGUACAAGUGCGCCUAAUUAAGAAGUUAGUGCGUCACGAAAACUAUAAGAGACGUGACAUGAGCAGUGACAUUGCCUUGCUGGAACUGACCGAGCCUGUCCACUGCAGCCCCUACAUCCAACUGGCCUGUGUGGCCGACCCUAUCCUAGGAAUGUCAGUGUCACAGGAGCAUAACAACUGCUGGAUUGCUGGCUGGGGUGCCAUCACUGCAAAAGAUAAAAACCCAAGUGAUCACCUGCAGGAGGCCAAGGUCCAGCUCAUUGAUCUGCAGCUCUGCAACAGCACCUUCUGGUAUGCAGGGAAAAUCCACACUCACAAUUUGUGUGCUGGUUACCCAGAGGGCCUCAUUGACACCUGCCAGGUAGGAGCAUGCCAUGAGCCACUCAGCCCCCAGCAGCACCAGGCUGACUACUGGUGGGUUGUUGGAGUGACCAGCUGGGGAACAAGCUGUGGCAAAGCAAGGCGGCCUGGAGUCUACACCUUCACUCAGUACUUCUAUGACUGGAUCCUGGCCCACAUUGGCACAUAUAAUAUUAAAAGUGCUUCCUGA